CAAGUUUCGUUUUUAGUUAAAUUUAGUUUUGUUUACAAAAAAUUUAAAUCCUCUUAAAAAUCAUAUAAAAACUGAAAAAUGAACAGCUUUAAGAAAACUCCAAUUCAAGUUUUCACAAAAGGUGCAAAUAUAACAUCAGAAGAAUGUAAUUAUUGGAAACAACUUGAUAAUCAAUCAAUUAUUAAAGAGUUUGGAGCUAUUGAUUACAUUGAUUUUUGUUCACUUCCACCCUUCAACUUCGCUGCAACAUGUUCUGUUCGUGUGCAAAUUUAUAAUCCUUUAACUAAAUUGGUUCUUAAAAACAUUUCCACAUUUCAAAAACAAGCAUAUGGAGCAACAUUUCGUAAGGAUGGACUUUUGUUAUGUGCUGGUGAUGAAGAUGGAAGCGUACGUUUAUUUGAUGCCAAUACAAAAACAGUUUUGCGAAUUUUCAAAGGACAUUCUGCACCUGUUCAUCGAACAUUUUUCACAAACGACAAUCUUCAUUUAACAAGUUUCAGUGAUGAUAAGUCGGUACGUAUUUGGGAUAUCGCAACAGAGAAGGAAACAAAUAUUUUCCAACAUCAUGAGGAUUAUAUCAGAGCUGGUGUUGUACAUCCAACAAGUGAUAAUACAAUUGCUUCAGGAAGUUAUGAUAACACCAUCAAGAUUUAUGAUACAAGAUUAGACAAAUGUGUAAUGACAAUGGAUCACAAUAGUCCUUUGGAAUCAUUAGUCUUUCUACCAUCAGGAGGAAUUCUUAUAAGUGCAGGUGGAAACGAUAUCAAAGUGUGGGACGUCGUUUCUGGUGGUCGUCAAUUAGCAACCAUCACAAAGCAUACUAAAGCUGUAACUUGUCUUCAAGUCACAUCAAAUGGACAGCAUUUAAUCUCUGGCAGUUUAGAUCGUCAUGUGAAGUUCUUCAACACUCUAAACUAUCAAAUGGUGCACAGUCAAGAUUACACAAAUUCUAUUUUGAGUUUGGGCAUUUCAAAAGACAACAAUUGUUUAGCUGUGGGACAAGUUGAUGGAACUCUUGUGGUAAACCAACGUGAACACAAAUAUGAAGAAACAAGAGUUGAAAAACUUCGAGAAAAACGAAGGGAGAAAAGAAACAAUCGUUUAGCUGAUGAAGUUGUCGAAGUAUUCAAAUUGGAGAAGCAAUCAAAACACGAUGCUUUGUUGCGAAAGUUUGAAUAUUCCAAAGCUUUGGACAGUGUUCUAACAAGAUAUUGUGUGAACAAAACACCACAAGUUACAGUUGCUGUAAUGCAUGAACUUUUACGUCGUCAAGGUCUUGUGAGUGCUUUUAGCAAUAGAAGUCAAGAAUCAUUAGCAAAAAUUAUUACGUUCUUCAACAAGUACAUCAGUGAUAGCAGAUUCUCUAUCACGCUCACUGACAUCAUUAACGUUUUCCUGGAUUGUUAUCAAAAGUCUUUUCUAACGCUCACUUCUGAUAUUCAACAAUUAAUCAUUGAACUAAGUCGACGUGUAAAAAUCGAAGAACAACUAACAUUUGAAUUUCUUGAGAUUGGAGGAGCUUUAGAUAUGCUUAUUAAUGCUUCGACUGAUGUCAUUGCUGAUCGAGGGGAUUCUCGGGAUCCUUCUUCAAAACUUCAUCCAUCAGAUAAUGCUAAAACUGCAUCUAUCAUAAAUGUGAAUGCAUAAAACGCUUCAUAAAGAUUCAAUAAAGAGAAGAUUUUUUUGUAAGAAAAUUCAACGGAUUUUCAAUAUUUGAAUUUUUAAGGGUGCGCAGCUCAUUCUCAUGCAAC